AUGUUAUUGAUUCCCAAUUUCAAAGUAAUUAGGUUUUUUCAUGUCAACUGUAAAAGACUGACAAAAGUGAUGAGUUUUCAAACCGAAAAAGCGGUUUGCUGUUGUUGUGGGACGGGGUUUCGGAUUCCAGCGUUUCCCAAGCUUUUACCGUGUAUGCACUUAAUAUGUCGGGAUUGUUUAUUUUCUAUAGUGAAAAGUCAAGUCGAGAAAGGAGUAGGAAAGUCAAAAGAAGUGUUUUGUUGUUUAUGUCAAAAAGAGGUUUCAGUACCUUUUUCUGAUUUAGAUGAUCUUCCCACCCUUUUUAGUUUAAUAAGAGAGAGCGCUUCCAAAACGAUAUGUAGUGAGCCCAAUUGCACUCGUCAAGGGUUUUCGUUUUGUUUAACGUGUUCCAAAAUCUAUUGUGAGUCCCAUACUGAAAUACAUUACGAACAAAAUUCACAUAAAUUUGAGGUCUUUUGUGAGGGAAAAUUUUGUAUUAAACAUCAUACAGUAAAAACCUAUUUUUGUUGUACAUGUUCCGAAAUAAUAUGUCCACACUGUUUCGUUUUGGAACAUGCGGGACACAUAGUGUGUAAGUACUCACACUUUUUGUCGAAAUUUUACACGUCAGAGCGGUUUAAUAUAACAAAACGACUUUUCAAUUUGUCACGCGUUGUGAGGAGUGCGACGUUAAUAUAUGACUCAUUAUAUUAUUAUCAGCAACAACAAACCGAAAAUCAAAUGAAAACCAUCAGCAAAAAAGUCGAUAUAAUUUUAGAGGAAAAACUUGGGAAAUUGCGGGAUGGGAAAAAGCAUUUGAUUGAUAUAGACAAAAUCAUUAAAGAGGUAUCUGAUGAACUCUGUGUCGUCUCUCCUCCAUGUCCUUCGUUUUGUUAUAUCCAAAGUCAAACCAAUUAUAUCCCAUUGAAGUCGUCAAUUCCCGUGGAAAUCAUCCUCAAAGACGUGUAUGAAAAUCCAUCAAUAACUAGUGAUAUUACUAUAACUUUUGUACCUGUCAGUCAUAUACUUCCUGGCUGUGUUGACUUUUUCGAGGAAAUGGCACAUGACAUUUCUGAUGACACAUGCGGGGAUGGGGGCGAGGCGUCGGCUUAUUUCGACAAAACGGAAAUUGGAAAAAUCAGUGUUAUAGUCAAAGGAGAAAGUGAAGGGGAUGUUGCUAUGAGGGUUUAUGUGCAUAGAGUUGAAAUAGAAAAUAGUCCGUUAAUUUUACAAAUUCAGAGUUCGGAGAUCGACUGA